CGACAAUUCAAACUGAAGCAACGUAGCUAAUUGAAUCGCUUAUCGCUGUCUCCCAUUUCCUGCUUUGUUUGCUGUUUUUGCUGGUGUCGAAGACGAACUGUUGUUACGAUGUGGUGGAGCUAUUUACAUUGAAACGUUUCCCUCUUUGGUGCAUAGUGUUGAAGAUGCAAGAUAUGUCAAAAGAGGCAGACAGUCAGGUCCAAACAGAAAUGCCGCAAGUAUCUCGAUUGGUCGUGAAUCAAAAUGACGAGCGUUUUAUCAGCUACGACUAUCGAGAGUCACCGCCUAGAGAAAUGGUGCAAUGGCUUCGACGACGGGCAAGAAUAUUGUUUAACUAUUCCAUGGUUAAAAAAUGUCUACCAGUUCUUUCUUGGUUACCAAAAUAUCAAUGCUCUUAUGUGAUGUACGAUCUAAUAGCAGGGAUCACCGUUGCAUUGACAGCUAUACCUCAAAGCAUUGCCUACGGAAUUUUGGCCAACUUAAGUCCACAGUAUGGAUUGUACUCCAACAUAAUGGGUUGCCUUGCAUACGCUGUGUUCGGAAGUGUGAAGGACGUUACGAUUGCUCCAACAUCGCUUACUGCUAUAAUGGUCCAACAUGUAGUGAAGGAACUGGAAUAUGGCACAGCAUUGUUAACAUUCCUGGCUGCUGUUGUAACCAUCUCAUUCGGCGCAUUAAAUCUAGGAGUUCUUGUUCGUUUCAUAUCCAUACCAGUGGUUAUGGGAUUUACCUUCGCCGCUUGUUUGACUAUCGGGAGUGCCCAAAUACGAUCUCUACUGGGCAUUAAGACGCAAGGAAAAAGCAGUGAUUUUGUAACAUCAUGGACAAAUGUAUUCACGCAUCUAGAUGAAGUACGAAUGGCAGAUUGUAUUCUUGGUUGCUGUUCGAUUAUUGUUCUUUGUUCACUAAGGCUUACAAAAGACUUGGGUGAAGGCAGAUGGCGAACUUUUUUCAAAUAUCUGGUAUUGUUGCGAAAUGCGUUGAUCGUGGUGGCAGGAGCUACGCUUGCUUAUUAUCUUAAAACUGAUAUGGAUGAUUCUGUAUUCAACUUAACUGGCCACGUGCCGGCUGGAUUGCCGGUCUUUCAGAUGCCUCCUUUCUCGUACACGAAUAUAAAUGGUACUGAGUACAGCUUUGCGGACAUGCUAAGCGUAAUGCGAACAUCCAUCAUAACGAUUCCUCUGGUAACAACUCUUGAAAUUGUGUCGGUCGGAAAAGCCUUUUCCAAAGGAAAAAUUAUUGACGCGACACAAGAAAUGAUUGCACUUGGAAUGUCGAAUUUAGUUGUCUCAUUUUGUUCGCCAUUGCCAGCAGCAGGUUCCUUUACGCGUUCGGCAUUAAACAAUAGUAGCGGCGUACGAACAACGAUGAGCUGUGCGGUAACAGCGGUAGUGUUGACAAUAUCAUUGGCAUUAUUCACCGAUGCACUAUACUACAUUCCCAAGGCAACACUCGCGUCGGUCGUCAUCUCAGCCAUGCUAUUUAUGCCCGAUUACGAAGAAAUCGGUAACAUUUGGCGUUCGAAGAAGAUGGAUCUGAUUCCCUUUCUGGCAACCGCAUUGGCUUGUUUGUUCUACGAGCUAGAUUACGGUAUUUUGGUAGGAAUCGGAUUAAAUUGUUGCAUUCUACUUUAUCUGAUGUCGACUCCCGGUCUAUCAGGCGAAGAAAUCCAACUUUCAGGACUUACCGUGCUAUUGGUCAAAGUGGAUCAAUCGCUUGCCUUUUCUUCGGCAGAAUGUUUGCGCGAUUGGAUACUGAAACGCAUUGACCAGCGUGAUCACAUUGAUGUAGUUGUGAUUGAUGGUCAAAAUAUUCAUUUUGCUGACACUACCGUAGCGAAGAAUUUCGUCAGUAUUGAGGAGGAUCUAAGGAUACGACAGAUUCGUCUUAUGUUAUGGCGAUUCGAUGCCAAAGUAGCAUUUGUAUUUCUGCGCAUGCGAAAAGAAUUAUUUAUUCCAUUGCUGCGCGCCGAUGUGCAACUGCAGGAUGCCGUGGCUCGUUGGAAACAUCUACACUAUCAAAUACCAACGGAGUGAUGUGUUUAGUUGUUGCUUACCGUUUAACCAAUACGGCGCAAAUGAACGAACCGAAAUUAGGAAUGUUGAAAUUUUACCAAAGCAAAUCUGCGGAAAAGAGGCCUGGUACAGCAAGAAUAUUUGAAAAAAAUAUAUACUAUUUUUUUAUUAUUUUA